UUGUAACAUUUUCCUUCUCUGGAAAGCCAGUUGGAUGCGCUUUUAGAACCACCGGCCGACGUACAUUGACGAGACAUCUCUAAAGGGAGUGGCUAGGUGGCUUCUGUUCUUCUCCUCUCCAUCCUUGGCACAGGUCUCAAUGAAAAGCCGUUACUCGCACAGAGACUAAUCACGGCAGUGGAAGAGGAUGGCCGUCCACGCCGAGGGGAUCGUGGCUAUAGUGAUCUUCUACUUGCUGAUUCUGGGCGUGGGGAUAUGGGCCGCGUGGAAGAACAAGAACUCAGGGGUGUCGGAGGGCCAGGACCGCAGUGAAACCAUCAUGGUGGGCGGGAGGGACAUUGGGUUGUUUGUCGGUGGAUUCACUAUGACCGCUACAUGGGUGGGCGGUGGCUACAUCAACGGGACCGCGGAGUAUGUCUACCUGCCUGACUUCGGCCUGGCCUGGGCACAGGCUCCCUUCGGAUACGCCCUCAGUCUGGUAGUAGGUGGCCUGUUCUUCGCCAAGCCCAUGCGCUCCCGGGGAUACGUCACCAUGCUGGACCCGUUCCAGCAGAUAUACGGGAAGCGUAUGGGGGGGCUGCUCUUCAUUCCGGCGCUUAUGGGGGAGAUUUUCUGGUCCGCUGCCAUCUUGUCAGCGCUGGGGGCUACUCUGAGUGUGAUCGUGGACAUUGACAUCAACAUGUCAGUGGUGAUCUCAGCCCUAAUAGCUAUCUUCUACACCCUGGUGGGAGGGCUGUAUUCUGUAGCCUACACUGACGUGGUCCAACUCUUCUGUAUCUUCCUGGGACUGUGGGUCAGUGUGCCAUUUGCUCUGUCCAACCCAGCCGUGUCAAGCAUCAGUGUGACAGCAAAAGAGGCUGUGUACCAGACACCCUGGCUGGGUAAGAUAGACUCAGCAGACACCUGGAUGUGGAUCGACAACUUCUGUCUUCUGAUGUUGGGGGGGAUUCCGUGGCAGGUGUAUUUUCAACGGGUUCUCUCUGCUUCUUCAGCUACCUACGCCCAGGUACUGUCCUUUAUCGCUGCCGCAGGCUGCCUGGUCAUGGCUGUCCCCUCCGUUCUCAUAGGAGCUAUAGGAGCCUCCACAGACUGGAACCAGACUACAUAUGGGGCAAUUCCUCCCAAAGAGAAAGACCAAUCAGAUAUGAUCCUGCCCAUCGUGCUGCAGCACUUGUGCCCACCCUGGAUCUCCUUCUUUGGUCUGGGAGCGGUGUCUGCCGCUGUGAUGUCAUCAGCUGACUCCUCCAUUCUAUCAGCCAGUUCCAUGUUCGCCAGAAACAUCUACCAGCUGGCCUUCAGACAGUCUGCGACAGACCGUGAGAUUGUGUGGGUGAUGCGUAUCACCAUCUUUGUGUUCGGCGCUCUUGCCACCGCCAUGGCGUUGCUAACGGGGACCGUGUAUGGCCUGUGGUACCUGAGCUCCGACCUGGUGUAUGUUAUCAUCUUCCCCCAGCUGCUCAGCGUGCUCUUCAUCAAGGGAACCAACACUUACGGCUCGGUGGCGGGCUAUGUCUUCGGUCUGCUGCUGCGUAUCGGGGGAGGGGAACCCUACCUCAAACUACCCCCCUUUAUCUACUACCCCGGCUGGGUGCAACAGGAGAAGAUCCACCACCUGACUGGAGACGUGGAGUACUUCAUCCAGCAACGCUUCCCCUUUAAAACGGUCUCCAUGCUGGCCUCCUUCCUGGGUAACGUGGCCUUCUCCUACCUGCUCAAGUACCUGUUUGAGUCUGGGACUCUGUCUCAUAAGUAUGACUUCAUGGAUGCUGUGGUAUCCAAACACAGUAAGGAGAUCAUGGACAAGACCACGCUGGUUAGUAGUGACAACAUCAUCCUGUCGGAGAUGGCGCCGGUCAAAACGCACCUCAGCAACUCACUGGCGGGGACAUUUACGAACACAGAGGCUCUCAGUGACGAUGACGAGUCCAGCCCUGAGUCCUUAAACAACCAACAUGAGUAGAGACCAGGAAGUAGUGACCAGGACCAGGACCAAGACCCAGAGCCAGACCUGGACCCAGAACCAAGUAGAGCCAAGGUCAGGGGUGGCCAGCCCUCCUGGAGAGAUACCAUCCUGCAGAUCUUUACUCCUGCUCUAACAUACCUGAUGCUAUUAAUCAGCUACUCAACAAGAUCUUGAACAGCUUAACCAGGUGUGCUAUAGUAGGGCUGGAGAAAAAGCCUGCAUACCCAAUAGCUCUCCAACAGAAGGGUUAGCCAGCCCUGAUAUGGAGCCUUUAACUGAGACCCAGAGAAGGUCUGUCUAGCAUCCAACCCCCUUGUGUUCUCAUCAUAUCAACCACUGACUGACUCUUUAAAUCAAACACCACCGCCAUUUUAGUUUUCUGUUUUCAGUGCCUGGUCAUGGCUGUCCCCUCCGUCCUCAUAGGAGCUAUAGGAGCCUCCACAGGUACACACACAUGAACACGCAGGCACACACACACACACACACACACACACACACACACACACACACACACACACUUUCCUCAUUGAGUUAAUUAAACAUUACAAGACGUUUUGUUCAAAUAUCCAUGAAUGCACACAUUAUUUACUAAAGGAAAGUAUGAUAAAAAAACACAUCGUUCUCUAUUAGUUUGUUCCCACAACGUAACUCAGCUCAGAUGUAUAAACCAACAGGCAGGAUACAGUGGGAUAUAAACAACACCAUAAACAACACCAACAACACCACUGCUCCUGUCAUACAGCCCGGAGAAGAAUUCAUUAGGAGAUGUGACUUCUGUGAAUAUUACAUCAGAAGGAAGACUAAUUAAUUAGGUUGAUCUGAAGAUUCUUCAUCAAAGUCAUCGUUAAUCGACAGCUGUUUGUUGAGGUCCAGAGGAGAGAGGGAAAGGGUCUAUCUAGCCAUCCAUCCCUCUCGUGUUUGCAUCAUAUCAACCACUGUCUGACUCUCUGUAAAGCGAACACCACCGCCAUUUUAGUUUUCUGUUUUCAGUGCUGCUACAGUAAAUUGAGUUAAUGUAAAGGUAAGGUAAGUAUAACUGAUCUUGGUUAACCCAGAAUUUAAAUCUUACGUAAUUUCAGCUGCGUGGUUAAGAUCUGGGUCUAUAUGUGUUAGAAAUGGAAAGUUUUCGGUUUGCAAAGCCAAAGCACACAUGCGAAGCAGUAGAAGCAAAGCAGUUUAAGCACCGCCUUUUCCCAAUCCUGAUACAUUCAAAUAACCAGUGACGAAAACCCAAACACUGGAACUACUGCUGCUUGUUGUCCAAUGCAUCCAAUCCCUUCACAAAAGAUGAUAUGGUUCACGAGCAGAUAUCUGUCCACAAGAGUUUACAGAUAACUGUCUGUCUGUCUGUCUCACUAGGGAGGUCUGAGAGGGACGCCAGCCCAGAGGGUGAUGAGAAUAGUGCAAUAUUUGUGUGUGUGUGUGUUUGUGCGUUUGUGUGUGUUCGUAAAAAUGUACUUAUAAUUAAUUUACUAAUAGAGCAAUAAUGAUUUUAGAUUCCAUGCUGUACAUAGAUUUAGAUAUCAAUAUCAGUCAUUCAAAACCGUUGAUUGUUUUUAAUUAUUGAGAACAAAUAGAUUUCAAGCUCUUUUUAAAUUGUGCGCGCUCUUAAUCCCAUUUACACACAAUCACCAGGUACAGGUGAAAAUAUUCAGUACUAACAUUAUUUUCAUAGUAACUGGAUUUGAACAGGGUUGAAAAGCCAAACCCAAAUUCUGUUCCAUGUUGUGCAUGUGCCAAAAUCCUCCUCUCUGCAGGUGUAGAAGUUCAAUACUGUGCUGUUGUGUUGGAGGGGAACGCUUGCUUUAUUUCACAGUCCUAUAUCAGAUUAUAAGGGCCAGGUUUUACUCAGUAUGUGUUAGUAAUAUAGGUGAACAAGCCUUUAAUGCUUUAUUAAUGGGUGUACUGGUUGAAAUUGGACCUAGCUGUGGCUUUAGGUAGUCCAUCUGCUUCCCAAAAUUACACCCUACCUAUGUAGUGCACUACUUUUGGCCAGAGCCACAUAAGGUUGGGUAGUGUAGUGUAUAUAGGGAAUAAGGUGCCAUUUGAGAGUGGCCCCAUGAUGGUUUGUUCCCCUCUAAACUGUCAUUGACUGCAGAGCGGCAGCAGAGCGGCAGGGGGGCUUGAGGAGGCUGAGUUGUGAUUUCCCCUCCAGGGACCGUAUCAAUAACCCGUUGGCACGAUCAAUUCAAUUCUGCUCUGUCCACUCUGUACAUCUGCCCAGAGGACAUUUGAUUAGUGUUUUUUAGCUGGUUAUGAGCUGAGACAGGAAAAUAACAGCAUUGGUUGUUUUGGUGUCAGUGGUUGUAGUGAUUGGAAGCAGAGCUGGUCCUAUGCUGAGUGAAUUAGCUACCUAUCUGUUAUCACAGUUAUUACAGUUUGAUGGGUGAACACUGAGGAAGGUCUGUUGACCAAAACAUUGGUCAGAGAAAACAGAUGUGAGAUUGUGAUAGAAAUUGCAGUUGUUAUUUGAUGUUGUUGGGUAUUUCUGUUCUCUGGUCGACUCCUCCUACUGUAUUUGCUGAUAAGGUCUGCUGGUGUUUACAGUCUUAAGUUAUAGUUUGAAUCUGUUUGAAUCUGUUGAAUUAUGCCCUUAAUAUGGGUAGUAUUGGGAGCUGGUCUGAUGCUGGUCUGAUGCUAUAUUCUAAGUGUCAGAGUGGAAUUGUGUGUCCAGGCAAAUCUGUACAAAAUGUGAAUGUAAAGUCUCCUCUCCUUCACCAAGGAGACGGACUCUGUGCUGUUUUAUCUUCUAUCACUGGAAAAUAUAUCAUUGUUUAAACUAAAGAAUAAGAAACAUAAUCAUGUCAGUUGGUCGGCUGGCUAUACUAAAUGUGCUUCGAUGUUGUAAAUGGAAAUGUAUAUUUUUGUGUGAUACAUGUAUAUACCAACAAAGUCAGCAUAUGAACAAAUGGAUCAUACUUUUUAAAGCAACGUUAGAAAUGAUUUAUCCUUUUGGUGAGGAGAAAUAAAAGCUAAGAAUUUAUUUAUUACUUAUGCAGUGUCCAUAAAAAUUAUGGUGAUGAAUA